UGUGAUUGGCUUGUGGCUACUGAAAGAUCAACGCUGCUCCACCACCCUGCUCUGCGACACAUUAUAAAGAGGCCUCGAACGUAACGCAAUUCAUCAUCUUCUAGCAACAAUCUGAUUAGGGUCGCAAAACCAAAUGGGUCUCAAGGAGGAUUUUGAGCAGUACGCCGAGAAAGCCAAGACUCUUCCUGAGACUACAACAAAUGAAAACAAGCUUAUCCUCUAUGGAUUGUACAAGCAAGCCACUGUUGGACCUGUUAACACCAGUCGUCCUGGGAUUUUCAACAUGAGGGACAGAGCCAAAUGGGAUGCUUGGAAGGCUGUUGAAGGGAAAUCCCAGGAAGAAGCGAUGAGUGAUUACAUCACCAAAGUGAAGCAGCUUCUGGAAGAAGCAGGAAUGCCUGCUUGAUAAGAUCUUCAUUAGCCUUGCUUUAUUUCUAUUUCGACGUGUUUGCAAAUAAGCAUUUAUAUGCAGUGUUUAGGCUGACACUGCCAAAUGUUUCCUUUCAUUACGUGAUGAAUCAAUUGUUACUUUGUUCAUUUACUGUGCUAGCAGCUUCCAAUGUGGAAAUUGGUUGUGGCUGAGCCAAUGGGAUGGAGACAACUAGAAAAUUUAUGGUUGGAACUAGAUAAUUUAUUUAUGGUUGGAUUGAAAUUAUUUCUCUGCUUUCAAUCCAUUUGACCCGUUCAGUUGCUGA